AAGCCUCACCAAACAUGAAUACAUCAUUCAAUUUCUCCCCCUUCUCCCUGGAAUGUGCACCUGCUCACUGCCCCUCAAGGAUUUGAAAGCAUUGGAUUGGUAUAAGUAUGUGCUAAAGUAUAGGGAGAUCCAACCAUAUUUAUCAAAUCAGUCCUAAUGUAACUUAGAAGACUUAAGAUCUUAGGCAAAGUUGCAUCUUGGCAUCCAUUAUAUAAAUACUUGGCACAUGAGCUUGUCAAAAUGCAUGGACUAAAAUCCUGACAGAGUCACCAUAUCCUAACAAUACUAAACAUCAUGAUUGACCUGGACCCUCAUUCAUGUACCGUUACUGUCUAAAUAGCUCGCUAACUCGUAUAAUCUCCCGGUCAGCAGGGACGUAUUCAUUACGUAAACCGUUUACCCUUUAAUAACCAAACAGAGAAAAACAAGAGUUUCUACUGGACAAUUUAAGGAAGGUCCCGCCCCGUUUGUUUCCGUUUAGGAAACGUUUUACAACAUUUUCUGGUAUACGCCCCUGGUAUACAGCUAACCUUCAGAGUUUCUGACUAUUUUUCCAGUGACUGACCAGUGGACAACCAAAAGGAUGUUUGCAAAGUAUUCGAACAGGGUACCUUAGCUAAAUGAUAAUUACGGCAGCCUACUGACUGUCGUAAUCAGAAUGAUGUUGUUAGGCAGUUGUCAGUCAGAUACUAGCUAACCUUGUUGAUAUACUAGCUAACAAAUCAACAAGGUUAGCUAGCUACAGUAGCUAGUUAAAUGCUACGGAAAUCAGGUGAAUCGGUCACUGAAAAUACAAGCAAACAAAAGCUGCAAGAGUCUCAUGUUGAUUUUCUUUCACUGUGUGCGUUGUGUACUCCAACCUGCGGGUGGCAACAACACGCUAAGAAACGUUUAGUCAGCCCGGAAAUCCAAGGAGAAACAACAAAGAUGGCGGACAGGCUAACGCAACUUCAAGAUGCAGUCAAUUCGCUUGCUGAUCAGUUUUGCAAUGCAAUCGGGGUGCUGCAGCAGUGUGCGCCGCCAGCUUCGUUCAACAACAUACAGACAGCAAUCAACAAGGACCAGCCAUCGAACCCCACUGAGGAGUAUGCCCAACUAUUUGCUGCACUGAUUGCCCGGACAGCUAAGGAUGUGGACGUGCUGAUUGACUCACUGCCUAGUGAGGAGUCCACGGCAGCUCUACAGGCGGCCAGUCUGCGGCAGUUGGAGGAGGAGAAUCAUGAUGCAGCGGCACGUCUCGAAGAGGUGGUAUACCGUGGGGACUUGCUACUGGAGAAGAUCCAAAGCGCCCUGGCUGAUAUUGCGCAGUCACAACUUCGUACUCGCAGUGGAGGACCCAGCCAGACCACACCGCCUGAAUCAUGACCCCCACACAUGGGGCAAAGACAUUCUCACAUCACUUUCUCACAUAAAUACACCAGAGGGCGUAAAUGUGUACAGGAAAUCAAAUAAAGAGCCCACUGGGUGGACCUGAACAGCUGACCUCUCAAGGAUGUGAAUCUAUGGAAAAUACUUCUCGCAAUAUGUGAGUGGGAAGUUGGUGCUUGGGGAAUUCAGUGAGGCAAGCCAUGAACCCACAUGUUCCUUUACACAAGGACCUUGAGUUCUGCCAGCAAGGAACUGUUUACUCUGUCCUUUUCUUGGCACACUCUAUUUUGGAUUAAAAAGCACUGCUCUGGUGUCAAUAUCUGCUGUCAUUUUCUUAACCCUGGUUAUUUUGAGGAUGCUUGUUAAGUCUGCUGACUGCUGUUGGUAGCCAUUUUUGUACAUACAGAAAGCAGCUGGUAAAAGGAACAACAAUCUUAAAUUGAUAGAAGCCCAUUUUACAUGCUGCAUGCCAACAAACAAUACCCCUUUACAAGCAAGCCCUGUUGUUUUAGAAAGGCAGGUUUUGUAUUUAUUUUAUACCAAUGUUUUUAUCAACAGUUUAUUUCUAGGCAUAAAUGGCAUUUUAAAAUUAA